AGGAACCGGAAGUCGUAUGUGCGCAUGUUGGUAGUUAUCCACACAUGGCCGCGACCACGAGAUAGUAAAUCACCGGUAUUUUCUUACAUAAUGCACGAAUAGUUUGAUUUAAACUUAAUAGUUAUAGAGGCAUUAGUUAGGCAUAUUUAAAAAAAAAUAUGGGGAAUUCAUCGUCUACACCGACAGUUCCUCCGCCCUCAAGCUCCAGCAUACCAUCACCACCACCUGCAACACCCUCACAACCUUCCAACUUGACACCACCGCCGUCUAUAGUUACGUCAGAGAUAAAACCUCCAAAUGAAGUCAAAGAAGAAACAAGCAGUAACCCAGGCACAUUUGAAGAGAUGCAUCGAAAGUGCAAAGAACUUUUCCCUCAGACAUUUGAGGGUGGUAGAUUCCUUGUGUCAAAGGGGUUGAGCAGUCAUUUCCAAGUCAGCCACACACUCACCAUGUCCCAGGUGUCUCCACAGGAAUCAGGAUACAAGUUUGGUGCUACUUACAUAGGAACCAAACAGUACAGCCCCUCAGAGGCCUAUCCAGUUAUGAUGGGAGAUAUUGACCCCUCAUUGAAUUUAAAUGCACAUAUCAUACAUGCAUUCACUAGGAAAAUAAGAACCAAACUCCAGUCUUCAGUGCAGGAAGGAAAAUUCAUGGGUCAAGGAUCAAUAGAUUACUUAGGGGAUGACUUUACCUCAACACUGACUCUAGGAAAUAUUGAUAUUUUGAACAAAACUGGUGUGAUUGUCGGCCAUUACCUACAGAGAGUGACCCCCAGCGUAGCUCUAGGAGCAGAAUUAGUGUAUCAGAGGGGACCCAGGGUUCCUGGAGGUGAAAUCACAGUCAUCUCAUUAGCUUCCAAAAUUACAGGGGAAAAUUGGCAAUUCACAGCCAAUGUGUGCCCAUCAGCAGUAGCAGCACAUUGUUGCUACUAUCAUAAAGUAAAUGAACAAUUGUCAAUCGGAGCAGAGGUAGAGACAAGUCUCAUGACGCGAGAAAGUGUAGGUAAAGGUUGUUACCAGCUAGAAAUACCUAGUGGAAAUGCAAUGUUUAAAGGUUCUUUUGAUUCAAACUGGGUAGCAGAAGCUGUGUUAGAAAAGAAACUGAUGCCCUUACCAUUCACCCUACAGCUUAGUGCUAUGGCUAACUUUGCCAAUGUUCAGAAGAGUUCAUAUAGGUUUGGAAUAGGUUUAGUUCUUGGUUGAGAGUUUUAACAAAGGACAUUGACUGUGAUCUUUAGUUAUGUUCACCUCAUCAUUUAAGGGAAGGUGAGCCUAUACAUUUACUGACUUGUGCCUGGAGGGAAAGACAAAAGCAUUUCUGUGGUGUUUUGACCACUUCUUCUUGACCUUUAGAUAAGGGACAUUACUCCGGGCAAUCUGUCUAUUUUUUCCCGUACAAUAGUUAAUGAUUAAAAGUGAGUGUCACUUAUAAGCUGGCAUUAUGCUGUACUUAGAAUGUGUGAUAAUAUUAAACAGGUAGCUGUGUGUGGCAUUUGUAUCAAGCAUAUGAUGUGUAGUAAUAUAUGCAAUGUAAAGCAUUAUGAUAAGAAAUAUUUAAUUUUCUUUCAAAAUCAUAUUAUUAAAGGGUAUUUUGAACUACAGCCAUGAAUGUUUAGUAAGGCUUUAAAUCUUGUCCUUUGAUUAUUUCAAAGUUUAAAAUUUUUAUGUUCAAUUUCAGGCAUUUACCGAUAGUGACAUGGCAUGAUUUAAUAAUUAUCAUUAUUUAAUAGAGGCAUUGCUUUGAUUAUUUUAUGUAGAAUGAAUGCAUGGAUUUAAUUAUUUGAUAAUACAACAUGUUCAUCAUGAUAAUCAGUAUUUUAUUCUACUGAUUACACUUUUAGCUGGAAAACAAAGUGUUCAGAAUGUUAUUGGCAUUGUUUAGUUUUAUCAACACUGCCAUCUGACUUUCAUCACCAUCUACAUAUUUGCUGAUUAUUCACUGUGUCAUUAAAGAAAUUUUAAACAAGCAA